AUGGAUGAAAUUGAUGACAGUUCGAACUCAUUCUCAAGUGCUGAUGAAUUAUGUGAUUUAACACUAAUUGUUGAAAACAAAAAGAUCUAUGCACAUAAAGCUGUAUUAGCUAAAGUAUCACCCGUGUUCAAUCGUAUGUUCUGCAGUGGUUUUAAAGAAAGUUCAGCAAAGGAAAUUACAUUACCAGAUAAAAAAUAUGAGGAAAUUGUUGAAUUAUUACAAUGUUUAUAUCCAAAUAUUUUAAAACCAGUCGAUGCUGAAAAUGCUCAAGUAUUAUUGUCUCUUAGUGAAGAAUACGGUAUUCUUAUCUUGAAAAAACAGAUUGAAAAAUAUUUCAUUACCGUUGUUACUAAUUCUCAUGACUCAACAAAAACAAAUUAUGGUAACGCUUUAAAACUUAAAAUCGAAAAUAUUUUAAAUUUAUUAAUAUUAGCUCAAAUCUAUCGCUUGAACAAACUUGAAUUGGAAAUAAUUGAAUUUUUAAGCGCAUAUGAUGAUGAACAAUUAGAAAAAUACGAUGUUUAUAAACAACAAUUGGAUAUCGACUUUAAAUUUAAAGUGUUGAAAUUAUUCAGUAAAAAGCAGCAAGAUAAAUUAAAAGAAAAAACAAUAAAAUUAAAAGAAUUGGAAGAUAAAUGUACAAGACAAAAAUUUGAUAUUGUAAGAUUAACCAAUGAACUAGACGCAUUAAAACACAUAGUAUAA